UCUCAUAAUUUUAAAUUUACUUCUCAUAGCAUUUCCUGACGGUUACUGAGAGGAAAUGUGAACUACUAUUACACGCGGGAACAUUGUAAAGUGACAGUUUAUGGCUUAUCUCAAAGCAAUAGCGAUAUACACAUUGCUAACCGCCGUAUAACGAAGCUUAACAAAUACUUUUUGUACCGAUGUCAAUGGCAUUUUACAACAUGACAACGGUUAUCAAUUUUGGAUAAAGACAUGAGGAGAAUGAGUCAACAAGCUGUUUGCGUCUAAUGGAACUGAAUAUCUUUCUACAUGUUCAGUAUUAACAAGGACGUUCUGCCAUAAGUGUUCAUCAAAUGCCAUAAAUCAUGAUCAUGUCAUCUUCUAGAGAGAAAUAUAUCUGGUUUCGGUGUCUAUGCACUGUUUUGGGACUGUUGUUUUAUUUCCUAGACAUUGGAUCAGACUUCUUGUUAUCUGUGCAGUAUUUCAGAAGUGGACAUGUCACCUGGGCCGUACUGACCCUUGUGUUUGUUCUGGUUGGAUCUUUAUGCAUACAGGCAUUCAGCUAUGCAUGGUUCAAAGAUGACAGUGACAGUAAUAAAGAAGAUUGUCUGUCCACUUGUCAUCUGAUCGGGAUACAUGUACUGCAGAUAGGCAUUUGUAUAAGGUAUAUCCAGCUCCUGAAGAAAAGUUUUAAAGCCCUGCGUUCGGGACAGAAUGAGCAGGAUGAGAAUGAGCUUAUCUGGCUUGCUACAGAUCUUAGCAUGCUCCGCAUGUUUGAGAUGUUCCUGGAGAGCAUUCCUCAGCUCAUUCUUCAGACAUAUAUCAUACUGGAGCACAACCAUCGCUCUAAUCUGCAAUACAUCAGCAUGGCCGUGUCUUUUGUCUCCAUAGCCUGGGCCACGGUGGAUUAUCGGCGCUGUUUACGAAAAUCUCUAACUUACCUCAAAGAGAUGCCUAUUGGAAUCCCAACAGCCGUAUACCUGUCCUACAAAAUCUUUACCAUAACCCCUCGAAUCCUCAGCCUUACGUUGUUCAUCAUGCUCUCCAACUUCAGUAUUGUAUCAAUGGCCUGCAUAUGGCUGUUGGGAACCAUCUGGGCAUUCCUGGAGGAGACCAGCUUCUGCCUUUCAAGAGCCUUAGAAUAUCUUUAUCGAGCCAUUGUUGGAGUUAUACUAAUUUUUACCUUUUUUAACAUUAAGGGAACAAACACAAAAGUUCACAUGACUCUAUAUUACAUUUUCAAUUUGUGUCACAACCUUUCUGCACCCAUUUUGUUGUUUCUGCUCAAACCGGAAUCUGAAAAGACUGACUACUUCCUGCCCAUUUUAUUUUUCAUAUUAGUGUCAAAUUUAAUGGGGCUGGGUUUUCUGGGACUCUAUUACAGCCUCCUGCACCCUCGUGGACAUGGCAAAGAGAAAAUCGGGGAUGAAAUAGAUGGAAUGUAUGAAACAGGUGGAACUGCACCUGAGACAAAAACAACCCGUUUUGAGCGUUUUUUGCAAAUAUAAUUGUCUUGCUUAUAACUGAACUUGAUUAACAAAAAUGUACAUAUCUGUAGAUAUUUAUGUUGGAAUUGACAAAGUAUGAAGGAUCUUUGUUUAAAUGUUACAACAUGUCUGAAAGCUGCUAAGGAAGGUAUGAUAUCGAUUUUACAGGUAUGAAAUGUUGAACCUUAAAGGUUUCAAUGAAUCUGUAAAAAUGAUGAAUAAGCUUUCGACUGCCAAUUUCUGCCUUUUGUUCACUUUAUUUCACCCUCUCCCAAUAGAGCUGUCUAGUUUGCAAUCCUAAAGUGAUGAAUAAUGACAGAACCUAUUAUGUUUUGUCAAAAGUGCUUGAAUGGAGUACGUUUGGUAUCUCCUCAAAUCAAUGCAACUGUUCACACUUGUUUAGUAUUAAGUUAUAAUAUGCAUUCUAACUUGAAUUUUGUAGUUACUGAAAGUUUUGUGUUUUAAACAAAUAUAAAAGUUUGGGGUUGUAUGAUGUUUUAAUAAAUAUAUUUUGUAAAUGGCUAAAAAUAUAAAAUACAGUAAAAAAUAAUUUGUGAAGUAUUAAUAUAAUUUAAAAUAACUGCUUCAUUUAUUUAUUUAAAUAUAUUUUAAAAUGUAAUUUAUUUCUGUGAUGGCAAAAUUGAAAUUUUAAGCAGCCAUUAGUCACAUGAUGUUUCAGAAAUUACUGAUAUUUCUUAUUAUCAGUGUUGCAAAUAAUUGUGCAGCCUAUUUUUGUGAAGGAUUCUUUCAUAAAUAGAAACAUUAUAAAUGUCCUUACUGUCACUUUUGAUCUGUGUAAUGCACCCUUGUUGAAUAAAAGCGUUAAUAUGAUCUUA